AUGUCAGAUGAUGAUGUAGCAGUACAAUUUACUUAUGAAGAUUGGUUGACAGAAGACAAAUCAAAGCUUUUAUUUAAGGGAAAAACUUAUAAUGGAUGUGAAAUUGUUAUCAAAUUUACUCAGAGAUAUAAUGUUAAAGCACAUCAUCUUUGUGCUAAGAAAAACUUUGCACAAAAACUUUUUUAUGUCAGCAACAUCAAUUUGGGAGGAUGGUACAUGAUUGUAAUGAAAUAUAUUAAUGUUGAAACAUUACAGACUGCCAACAUUACAAAAGAGGAAUAUGAUGUUUUAAAAAAUAUUCAAGAGGCCAUUGACACUUUGCACACUAAUGAUAUUAUUUUUGGUGACUUACAUAGUUUAAACAUAAUGAUAGAAAAGGUUCAUGGAAAGUUACAAGUAAUGCUUAUAGACUUUGGCUGGGCUGGAAUACAUCAAAAAGAUUGUUAUACACCUAUAAUUAAUCCAGAAAUUAAAUGGGCAAGUGGGGCUGAAGGAAAUGCUUUAAUACAUAAAGAUCAUGAUUUACAUUGGCUAGAGUUAUCAGGAAACUUUUCCUGUCAAGAAGCAUUAGAAUUAGAGGAGGAAACAUCUGAUUGUCAUUUAGAAGCUCUCGAGGUAGCUAAACAAUGGAGAAUAAGACAAAGCAAAGAAAAGGAUGAUAACUUAGAAAAAGCUUUGAAACAAAUAGAGCUGUUAGAAAAUGUUGUUUCACAGCAGAAUUAUUUAGCAGACAAGCAACUUCAAGAACUGCCAACUUUACCAAAAAAAGAAAACAAAUAUAAACUCUUAACUAACAAAGUAAAGAACAGAAUUAAAAGCAAUAAUGAUUAUAAUGAUAUUGCUUAUAUUUGUGUAGAGUGUAAAAAAGCUCUUGAUGAUAAUGCUCUACCAUAUUGUAGUGAUUGUG